AUGCAGUUAGGGGAGCAGCUCUUGGUGAGCUCGGUGAACCUGCCCGGCGCUCACUUCUACCCGCUGGAGGGGGCGCGAGGCAGCGGAGGCGGGAGCGCCGGCCACCUCCCGGGAGCGGCCCCCUCUCCUCAGAGGCUGGACUUAGACAAAGCGCCCAAGAAGUUCUCGGGCAACCUCUCGUGCGAGGCGGGGAGCGGGGAGACCGCAGCCGCCGGCUCGGGGGCCCCCGCGGCCAUGCUCAGUGACGCCGACGCCGGGGACACCUUUGCCGGCGCCGCGGCCGUGGCCAAGCCGGGGCCCCCGGACGGCCGCAAGGGCUCCCCCUGCGGGGAGGACGAGCUGCCCGCCGCCGCCGCCGCCGCGGCUGCCGCCGCCAGCGCGCGCUACUCCAUGGACAGCCUGAGCUCGGAGCGCUACUACCUCCAGUCCCCCGGGCCUCAGGGCUCCGAGCUGCCCGCGCCCUGCUCGCUCUUCCCGUACCAGGCGGCGGCCGGGGCGCCCCACGGAUCUGUGUACCCGGCUCCCAACGGGGCGCGCUACCCCUACGGCUCCAUGCUGCCCCCCGGCGGCUUCCCCGCGGCCGUAUGCCCACCCGGGAGGGCGCAGUUCGGCCCGGGGGCCGGCGCGAGCGGCGGCGCGGGCGGCGGCGGCGGGGGAGGCGGUCCGGGCGCCUAUCAGUACGGCCAGGGGGCUCCGCUCUACGGGCCGUACCCCGGGGCGGCAGGCACGGGUUCCUGCGGAGGACUGGGGGGCCUCGGGGUUCCCGGCUCCGGCUUCCGCGCCCACGUCUACCUGUGCAACAGGCCUCUGUGGCUCAAAUUCCACCGCCACCAAACAGAGAUGAUCAUUACGAAACAGGGCAGACGCAUGUUUCCUUUCUUGAGCUUCAAUAUAAACGGACUCAAUCCCACCGCCCACUACAACGUGUUCGUAGAAGUGGUGCUGGCCGACCCCAACCACUGGCGCUUCCAGGGGGGCAAAUGGGUGACCUGCGGAAAAGCCGACAAUAACAUGCAGGGCAACAAAAUGUAUGUUCACCCAGAGUCUCCUAAUACUGGUUCCCACUGGAUGAGACAGGAGAUUUCCUUUGGGAAAUUAAAACUCACCAAUAACAAAGGAGCAAAUAACAACAACACUCAGAUGAUAGUCUUACAGUCUUUACACAAGUACCAACCACGACUACACAUUGUUGAAGUCACAGAGGACGGUGUGGAGGACCUGAAUGAGCCCUCCAAGACUCAGACCUUCACCUUCUCAGAAACUCAGUUCAUUGCAGUGACUGCCUACCAAAACACCGACAUAACUCAACUAAAGAUUGAUCACAACCCCUUUGCGAAAGGGUUCAGGGACAACUAUGACUCCAUGUACACCGCUUCCGAAAAUGACAGAUUAACUCCAUCUCCCACGGAUUCUCCUAGAUCGCAUCAGAUCGUCCCCGGAGGUCGGUACGGCGUUCAGUCCUUCUUCCCGGAGCCCUUUGUCAACACUUUACCUCAAGCCCGAUACUAUAAUGGCGAGAGAACCGUGCCACAAACCAACGGCCUCCUUUCACCCCAACAGAGCGAAGAGGUGGCCAACCCUCCCCAGCGGUGGCUUGUCACGCCUGUCCAGCAACCUGGGACCAACAAACUAGACAUUGGUUCCUAUGAGUCUGAAUAUACUUCCAGCACCUUGCUCCCAUAUGGUAUUAAAUCCUUGCCCCUCCAGACGUCCCAUGCCCUGGGCUAUUACCCUGACCCCACCUUCCCUGCAAUGGCAGGGUGGGGAGGUAGAGGUUCUUAUCAGAGGAAGAUGGCAGCUGGACUCCCAUGGACCUCCAGAACAAGCCCCCCUGUGUUCUCUGAAGAUCAGCUCUCCAAGGAGAAAGUUAAAGAGGAAAUCAGCUCUUCCUGGAUAGAGACACCCCCAUCCAUCAAGUCUCUCGACUCCAAUGAUUCAGGGGUGUAUACCAGUGCUUGUAAGCGAAGGCGGCUGUCUCCUAGCUCCUCUAGCAAUGAAAAUUCUCCCUCCAUAAAGUGCGAGGACAUUAAUGCUGAAGAGUACAGUAAAGACACCUCAAAAGGCAUGGGGGGGUAUUAUGCUUUCUACACAACUCCCUAAAGAGUUAUUUUAACCUCAUCAAAAUGAGCUAACUUUUUGC